AUGAAAACACAUGUCGAAAUACUAAAAUCCAGAAUUAAACAACAACACAAUAAAGUAUCCAAACAUCGCAACGACGCGAGAGUUCGUAGGGAAUCGCUUUUAUGCGUAAAAAACAACAAUAUGCGACAUGAUGAUCGAUAUAGUAUGGUCGAAAGCGACAAGUAUUCUCAAUAUAAAUCUGAAAAAGAAAAAAAACAGAAACCCCUGCGGAAUCCGCACUUAAAUUGGGUUCAGAAAGAUGAGCGACAAGAAUAUGAAAACAUGAUCCAGCCAAGGAUGGGCGCAAAACCAUAUGAUAAGGGAUUCAAAAAAAUAUGUAAUGUGGGAAAGUUUAAGAAUAAAGAAAAAAGUGGGAAGGAUUUCUAUGUGAUUGUUGUUGGACUCGAGACACGAAAAGAGAGACAUUGCAACAUCAUCGUUCUUCCUAUUCAAUCUCAUCUUCAUGCUUACAAAGUUAUGUGCUAA